UCGUAGCUUGACCCGUCGGGGCGAGAGGAGGGGACAAUCCUCAAUCGAGCGCAUUUCUGCUCUCGCGUUCCCCGCCGGAGAGAGUGCGUCCGCUGGCUCCGAUGAAAGCACUCAGUCGCAACUCGGGGUGUAUUUCAUAACCCGCGCUAACCAGCCUUCCACAUGCGCUGACACGUCUCCAGAUAUUACACACAUCCCGUCGGGCGGCGGAGGGAACGUUUACUCGGCUGGUGUGGCACGUUGUGAAUACACGCUAGAGACGCGCAGAGGGGGGAAGAUGUUGCUGAAGGAGUACAGGAUAUGCAUGCCCCUCACGGUAGAGGAGUACCGGAUCGGGCAGCUGUACAUGAUCAGUAAACACAGUCAUGAGCAGAGUGAUCGAGGGGAAGGAGUGGAGGUUGUCCAGAAUGAACCCUAUGAAGACCCAACACACGGCCAAGGACAGUUCACAGAGAAACGAGUCUACCUCAGCAGUAAACUACCCAGCUGGGCCCGGGCAGUGGUUCCCAAAAUCUUCUACGUGACAGAGAAAGCAUGGAACUACUACCCUUACACCAUAACAGAAUAUACCUGCUCAUUCCUGCCCAAGUUCUCCAUCCACAUAGAGACAAAAUAUGAGGACAACAAAGGAUGCAAUGACAAUAUCUUCGACACCGAGCUGAAGGAGCAGGAGAGGGAGGUGUGCUUCAUUGACAUCGCCUACGAUGAGAUCCCCGAGCGCUACUAUAAAGAGUCUGAGGACUUGCGAUAUUUCAAGUCAGAGAAGACGUCGCGGGGGAUGCUUCAGGAGGGCUGGAGGGACACCCAGGAUCCCAUUAUGUGCUCGUACAAACUGGUCACUGUCAAGUUUGAGGUGUGGGGUCUGCAGACACGAGUGGAGCAGUUCGUACACAAGGUGGUUCGCGACGUGCUGCUGCUGGGACACAGACAGGCAUUUGCUUGGGUGGAUGAGUGGAUUGACAUGACGAUGGAUGAGGUGAGAGAGUUUGAGCGCACCAUCCAGGAGGCCACCAACCAGAAGAUCGGGAUGUUUCCCCCGUCCAUCUCCAUCAGCGAGACGCCCCUGUCUUCCUGUGCCCUCACCGGCCCUGCCAGUGCCCCCUCCACUCCCAUGUGCACUGAUGCGCCUGAGUCCCUCUCUGUCCCCAGGGAACGACCCCGCAAAAAGUCUGCUCCGGAAACCCUGACCCUUCCCGACCCUGUCCCACGUGGUGUCCCCCUGGGCUCUACCGUGAGCCCACUACCCAUUUCAAACCAGCUCCAAUCAUCCACACCGGACUCCUCCAACUCUGAUCUUGCUGAGAUGGACGAACAGUAGAGGGACUUUGGGAUGUCACACCCUUUGCUUUACUUAUUCCCGCAACCCCAUUGUUUUAGUAGCUCAAUGAGACUAGCAAAUCUCCAUACACUAGUGCCCCGAUAUUCCAGUUCACUAGCCAUAUCCAAUGAUUUUCCAUAAUCCUGGACUCACAGAAGUCUUCAUCAGUGUCAUUGAUACCAUCCAGGCAGCUGUAGGCUCAGCCACCCUGACGUGGCGGACUUCCUCUUGCUGUGAGUCAAGCCAGCUACAUGUCUUAUCUAUUAUAACAACAACACAGGAUGAUAAACCCAAACAAAGAGAAUCCAUAAUUAUUGUGGUUGAGCAGCAGCUCCUUAUGUUAUAUGGGUAAACUUAUUGUCAUUGUUUCCUUAGUUAUGUUUUCCUCAAUCAGAUGAGAUGAUUGCUUUCAAGCUAUUGAACUAUGAAGUAGUUGCCUUAGCACCACAGAGCCAGUGGUGUUUAGUAGUUUUGAUAAUGUGUGCAAAUGAAUGGUGAAUAUUAUCCCUUUUCAGUCUGUAAAAUGGCUGUAUAUAUUAAAUUCGAAAUAAAAUCAAUGACAAAAAGUGGAGUAGCACAGUAGACCUAAUAUUUUAGAGUAACACAUCAGAAAGAAAGCCAAGUGCCCUAAACCACCACCUAGCAACUGUGUCCUAAGCCAUCCAAACUGGCCUGUGGAUCAGAUUGCAUCCAUCCUUUUCCAUCCCAAUCUCCAAAUAUACAACAGAUGCAAGAUCAGUACAAUCAGAGAGUUUACACCUCAGGUUUCCCCGACUCUACCUGGCUCACACUCCAAAGGCAGGGAUAUUACUGUACCUUUCUUUCCCUGCUUAUUGCCAAACAGCCACAUUUUAUACCUCCACAGACAUUACAAUACAGCAACUAUUGUACUCUACCAGUCUACUUAACCUUUAGAAUGUUUACACAUCAGAAACCUGGGAGCAUUUGCAUAUUUGCGGUAACAUUUUAGGUUAAGCUAUUGUUAUAUCUGCACUUGCGGUUUUAGCAUGUUAAACGAUUCUAAAAUUGAAUUUGUUGUUUAUUACUGCAUAUAUAUUACUCAAGUUGACUGAGAGCUCAGUACAAAAAAAAAAC